UCUGUAUAAAGAGAUGAGCGGAGGAAGAGGCAAUAGACGAAUGCGACAGCGUCUCUGUUAGCACUUAGCUCACACAAAGCUUCUACAAAAGAGAUAACCGUCAGAAAGAAGAAAACUGGCUAUCUACUCUUCUGCCUUUGCGGAUGUUUUAGUCUAAAUGGAUGAACAGACUGAAGGGGAGCAUGUGCUUACGGGUCUAGAUGAAGAGGCGAUUGUUGACCAUGGAAAGACCAGCUUCGCCACUCACACAAACUAUGAAAAGGAAGAUUUGGAAAGCCACAGAGCAGUGUAUGUAGGCGUCCAUGUUCCUCUUGGAAGAGAGAGCAAGCGGAGGCAUCGCCACCGAGGACACAAACAUCACCGCAAGAAGAAAGACAGAGACUCUGAAGAGGGGAAGGAAGAUGGCCGGGAAUCCCCCUCUUAUGACACACCAUCCCAAAGGGUCCAGUUCAUCUUGGGUACAGAGGACGAUGACCUUGAGCACGUCCCCCAUGACCUCUUCACGGAGCUGGACGAGCUCUCAUUCAGAGACGGCAGUGCCACUGAAUGGAAGGAAACUGCUAGAUGGCUGAAGUUUGAGGAGGAUGUGGAAGAUGGUGGGGAGAGGUGGAGUAAGCCCUACGUAGCUACGCUAUCACUACACAGCUUAUUUGAACUACGUAGCUGUAUACUCAACGGCACUGUCAUGCUGGAUAUGAGGGCCAACAGUAUUGAGGAAAUUGCGGACAUGGUGAUAGACAGCAUGGUGGCUUCAGGCCAGCUGAAGGAGGAUCUGCGCGACAAGGUACGGGAAGCAAUGCUGAAGAAACACCACCACCAGAAUGAGAGAAAGCUCAGCAAUCGCAUCCCCCUAGUGCGCUCCAUUGCUGACAUAGGCAAGAAACAUUCUGACCCACUCUUGCUUGAAAGAAACGGAGAGGGCCUGUCCUCUUCACGUCUCUCUCUCCACAAGCCAGGGUCAUCCUCCUCUGUCUCCAACCUGUCCCAGAGACGAGAAUCCCGAGUCUCCGUCCUGCUCAACCACCUCCUGCCCUCUUCUUCCUCGAACACUGGGCCCUCUCCAGGCCCAUCUCCUCUCGCCACCCCUCAAAAUACCCCCACUUCCUUCCGGCGCUCUUCCCAAAGCCCACCACGCACCCAUGGCACAGGCCUUGGCCCUCAAGGUAUCCCUGAGGUAGUGGUAUCGCCUCCCGAGGAUGACGACCCACCUAACUCAGCAGAGGACGAGGCAGCAUCACCACAGCUCAGCCGGCAAGCAUCCUUGGCAUCCCAGGGCCUCGAGCUGCUGCCCUUAGAAGGACCAUUGGUGUCUCCAAACUCUGUCCCAAACAACCUGGAUGGGAACAAGGCAGUAGAGAGGAGGCCGUCCAGAGUAGGGGUCAGUAGCGAAAGCAGCAGUGUCGACUUCAGCAAGGUGGACAUGAAUUUCAUGAAGAAGAUCCCUCGGGGUGCUGAGGCUUCCAACGUGCUGGUGGGAGAGGUGGACUUCCUGGAGAAGCCCAUAAUUGCCUUUGUACGACUGUCCCCUGCAGUCCUUAUCACAGGCCUCACAGAGGUGCCUGUUCCCACGAGGUUUCUUUUCCUGCUUUUGGGUCCUCACGGCAAAGGGCCACAGUACCAUGAAAUUGGCAGAUCCAUGGCCACACUGAUGACAGAUGAGAUUUUUCAUGAUGUGGCAUACAAAGCCAAAGACCGAACGGAUCUCCUCUCUGGGAUAGAUGAGUUCCUUGAUCAAGUGACUGUACUGCCUCCUGGAGAAUGGGAUCCCACGAUUCGGAUUGAGCCCCCCAAGAAUGUCCCAUCUCAGCUGAAAAGGAAAAGACCGUCCCAGCCCAAUGGCACUGCAUCUCCAGCUGGAGAGCUGGAAAAGCAGGAGGACCAUCAUGCAGUGCCUGAGCUGCAGAGGACUGGGAGGAUAUUUGGAGGUUUGAUCUUAGAUGUCAAGCGGAAGGCUCCGUUCUACUGGAGUGACAUCAGGGACUCCUUCAGUCUGCAGUGUCUAGCCUCCGUCCUCUUCCUCUACUGUGCCUGCAUGUCACCUGUCAUCACAUUUGGAGGUCUGCUUGGGGAGGCAACAAAAGGCAACAUAAGUGCCAUAGAGUCUCUAUUUGGAGCAUCACUGACUGGAGUGGCAUACUCCCUGUUCGCAGGCCAACCCCUCACUAUUCUUGGCAGCACGGGGCCAGUUUUAGUGUUUGAGAAGAUCCUGUUCAAGUUCUGCAAUGACUACGGCCUGUCCUACUUGUCGCUGCGGACCAGCAUUGGUCUAUGGACAGCCUUCCUCUGUCUUGUCCUGGUGGCUACAGAUGCUAGCUCCUUGGUCUGCUACAUCACCCGUUUCACAGAGGAGGCCUUUGCUGCACUCAUCUGCAUCAUCUUCAUUUAUGAGGCUUUAGAGAAGCUGUUUCACCUGGGAGAAUACUACCCUGUCAACAUGCACAACAACUUGGACAAUCUUACCCUUUAUUCGUGUCAGUGCUCUCCACCAGCCAACGCCUCAGAUCAGCUCGAGCAGGAGUGGAACCGGACAGGAUACAGCCCAGACUCUGUCCCAUGGAGCAGCCUCAAUGUUUCGAUGUGUAAAAUGCUCCAUGGAGAGUUUGUGGGUCCAGCCUGUGGUCACCAUGGGCCCUACAUCCCAGAUGUUCUCUUCUGGUCCAUCAUCCUCUUUUUCACCACCUUCUUCCUAUCUUCCUUCCUCAAGCAGUUCAAGACAGAGAGAUAUUUUCCAACCAAGGUGCGUUCCACUAUCAGUGACUUUGCUGUAUUUAUAACCAUCAUGAUCAUGGUGGUGGUGGACUAUCUAAUGGGUGUCCCGUCUCCUAAGCUGAAUGUUCCUGACCGCUUUGAGCCAACUUCAAAGAACCGAGGCUGGCUGAUUGACCCGUUAGGAGAAAAUCCCUGGUGGACACUGCUGGUGGCAGCACUUCCUGCCCUCCUCUGCACCAUCCUCAUCUUUAUGGACCAGCAGAUCACUGCAGUCAUCAUUAACCGCAAGGAGCACAAACUAAAGAAAGGCUGUGGCUAUCACCUGGACUUGCUGGUAGUAGCAGUAAUGCUUGGUGUGUGCUCCAUUAUGGGCCUGCCGUGGUUCGUGGCUGCAACCGUCCUCUCCAUCUCCCAUGUUAACAGCCUGAAAGUGGAGUCUGGCUGCUCCGCUCCGGGAGAGCAGCCCAAGUUUCUGGGUAUCCGAGAGCAGCGGGUCACUGGAUUCAUGAUCUUUGUCCUCAUGGGUUGUUCUGUUUUCAUGACGUCAGUGCUCAAGUUCAUUCCUAUGCCAGUCCUGUAUGGAGUCUUUCUUUACAUGGGUGUCUCUUCCCUCAAAGGCAUUCAAUUCUUUGACAGAAUCAAGCUGUUUGGCAUGCCUGCCAAGCACCAGCCUGAUCUGAUCUAUCUUCGCUAUGUGCCGCUGUGGAAGGUCCAUAUCUUCACCCUGGUGCAGCUCACCUGUCUGGUGCUGCUCUGGGUCAUCAAGGCCUCUGCAGCAGCUGUUGUGUUUCCCAUGAUGGUUCUGGCGCUGGUUUUUGUCCGAAAGCUUCUAGACUUUUUCUUCACCAACAGAGAGCUGAGCUGGCUGGAUGACUUGAUGCCAGAAAGCAAGAAGAAGAAAGAAGAUGACAAGAAAAAGAAAGCCCGUGAAAAGCUGGAGGAAGAGUCCAGACUGCAGGAAGAAGAGGAGAUGGGACUGAAGGUCAGCUUUGAAGGCUCGAACCAGCUCAACGUCCCAGUGAAAACACUCUCAGGGAGUUCUGAUUCUGACCCCUUGGUAGUAAAUAUCUCUGAUGAAAUGGCCAAAACAGCAGCAUGGAAAGCAGUGAACCCGAGUGCAGAGUUUUGUGCCCGACCUGAGAAGUGUAGAGGAAGCCAAGAGAAGGUGGCCUGCGUUAGAGUGGACGUCAGCCCAGACACACCCAGAGGAGGUUCCACUGCCGAGACCUUCCUGUGAUAAAGGGAGGCCCUCCUUCCCCCCGACACCUUCUCCCACACAACACUUUACGCCGCCGACGGGCACCACCUUAUUCGGAAAGGGGGCAUAGAACUGGAGCAGCAAAACCUGCCUGCAGAGCUCUCAUCUUCAGGGCAGCAGGCGAGCUCCCCCAGGGCUGUGAGUCCUACUCCACUCUAGUCUUGAAGUGUGCAGCAUAUGUACAAAUGGCUGCCGUGAUGUACUGUAGAUCGCACAUCUCCGAGGAAUGAAGGAAUUCUGCCGUUACUGCCCACAGGCACUCGCUGUUUAGGAACUCUCUCAAUCUAGCAAUUUCUAAUCACCCAUUUAAACCACAGAUGCCAAAGGAAGGGCCUCACUGGUGGGGAUUUUGGACUGUGUGAAUUUAAUUUUACUCUUAACCCUGUGUAUAUUUUAAUUUCAAUUUUAAUGUUAUUGUUUUAGCUGGUCGUGGUACUUUACAUGUUUGGUUGUUGCAGCUCAUACACCGUGAGUUGUCCUGCACUGUUUGUCUCCAUGUAUUUUGGGUCAGAUUAAGACCUUUCAUUAAACUACACCAGCUGCAAAACUUGUUUGCUUAAAGCCAUUCAGGUACUGUCAGUGACAGAUGAUUAUAUUUUAUAAUUGGUCUGGCACAGUAAAUGGCACAAACCAAAACAGAGGUACAUUCAGAUAGAUACUGCUACUACUACUACACCACACUACUACAUAUUUGUAGAUUUACUUACAAUAAUUUCUCCUUCCUCCAGAGGGACACUCAGUAUUGAUAUUGCUGCUCAAAAGUUGCUCAGUUGUUUUCACUGUAAAUCUCACUGUUCAGCUCACUGUAUUAUAUGUGCUGUUAUAGAAAUAACGUUGUAUGUAUGUAUGUAUGUAUACUGUUUUCUUUUCAUUCGUAACAUUGUAGAAAACCUACUUCUGAGGCCAUAUAAAGUCUGUACUGUACAGUAAGCACUUUGCCAGUAUAGUUUCUUACCUAAAAUGGAUUAUAGUGUGUGAAUAAAAAGGUUAGUUCUCCUCCCACAGUAUCAAUAGAGCUGUUGUUCAAAUGUCAGUUAAACAACUCAGGAAUCUUGAGGGAUUUCUGACUGUGGUCACUUGAUAUUUUUGUCACAUGGCAGCGAUAACUAACUGUCCACUGUAUUCCCUUCAUCGCUGGUAUCACAACUAUUUUAAUAAAUGCUGUAAAUCAUAAAUUAUAGUGAGAUGCAGAAUAAAAAGGGGUAUUUGGUUCAGUGCGCAAACCGAUUAGUUGCAACUGUUUUUAUACUGUCUGUAUUAAUGUUGGUAAUAGUGCGUGUGUGGUGUAAAGAUAAUUUGGUAUGUCUAGCGUUGCAAAUCGUUUUAUGCAAAAUAUUUCUACAGUAAAUGUAAAAUCUAUUAUAUUCUUUGAAGUUGUUCUUAUUUUGCUAAGUGCAGUCCUGUUUUAGCAAUAAGUAGUCCAUACCAUGCAAUGUAUGGACUCAUGAACCUGGCUAAUAUUCAGACAAAGGAUAAUUUGUGAAACGAUUUUGGUGUCUGUUUAAUCGCCUCUGUCUGUGUGAAGCUACAGUGACUAUACGGACAGUAGCUUACGUGCCUUGUCGAAGCUCUUUAUGUGCAAGUCUAGUCCUGAUAGUCUAAUCGUUCAGAACUGAUGUACAGGUACACACAUGAUGGCACAAACAUGCCAAAGACAGACCAUCGUCACUCUACGAGAGUGAACCGGUACACAGCUCAUUUGCAGAGGCUUAUGUCUGUCGUAAUGUUAUUCCAUGUCCGUGUGACGGCCGUACCCUGAGCCACUGACUCAAAUAAUGUUACUCGAUUUAUCUUCCAUUUACAAAUGUAACCCAAACUACUGUUUCUGUGUGUCUGUUCUACUGUCACAGUUCUAGUAUUUGCUCACAACAUAAAAGCUCUGUAAUCGUCGAUAUUGAUGUACUGGCUUUUUUUAUUUUUAAUGAUCAGUGAAUGUCAACUUAUUGUCUGUGAUAUUUUGCCAAGCAUCUCUUCUAAAAACAAAAUCUUAUUUUGAAAUACAGUCUUAUAGGGUUAUAGCGCUACACAUUUCGACCAUUUGACAUUAAAAUGCAAGUUUAGCAGUUUAAUCAUCACAAUAAAGCCGACGCCCGCCAUCAAGUACUUAUAAUUUCAUAAUAUUGUUUAUUUUAAAAAAACAAACAUUUUUUACAUCAUCUCAUUUAAGAUAUAUAAGCUUAUAUAUGUGGGUAAACUUCAGCAACGAAAAGGAGUUUUUACCCUCCAUCAUCACACCAACAUCACUUCGUGAAAAUGCAUUUGUCGUGAUGUACAGACAACAUCAGUGGAGCACAUUGCAUCCUGUUGUUAGCUUGAAUGAUGACAUUUGUGUCAUGGCUGAUUGGUGC